GCAGACCUUUCUCUGUGAGCUUUGACAGACAGAAUCGGAUCUGUCUACACGGGGGUGGGAUUCUCUCCUUCUCUGUCUCUUCUCUUCAUCUCUCUCUCCCUCCCUCCCUCUCUCUCUCUCUCUCUCUCUCCCCCUCUCUCUGUCUCACUAUUUAAAACUGGAAACUCACAGUACUGGAGGGUGAUGAUAGCAGCACACUCUCUCCUCCCUCCUCUCUGUCUCUGUCUCUCUCUCUUUCUCUCUCCCCCUUGGUUCCAUGUUUCAUUGUUGAGCGCAGAGAUGCUGGCAGCUAGCUGGGAGUAGCGCAGAAGACAGGGAAUCAGUGUGUGAGACGAGAUGCCUGAACUUAUAGAGAACUGUGAAGAAAACUGUGCCAGCGCUUCAGCUCAUUUUGUAACGGAAUACAUCGCUCUGCCCACCUCAGACUGCGCUUUUUUGUUUCGUUUAUUUUUGUUUUAACAGCCUUAAGAAGAAGAAGACUUUCAGAACCAAUCUCUUUUCACCACCUCUUCUGACACCUCUUUGCCAGCAGUAGAAGAAUUUGGGGCUUUGUGCACAUUUUCUGUUGGACUGGAUCUGGGGAUUUAUUAGAUUUUGUUUUUUUUUACCCUUCACCACUUUUUCGCCUUUUCGAUCUCAACCCCCCCCCUCCUGAGGUGCAGGCAGACCCCCCUGGUUCGGCCCUGCCCGGCGCGUAGGCCCUCCCCACCCCCCACCCCGGAGGAGGAUGACGGACACGCUGGCGUCCGAGGGCGAGCUGGCCUCCGUGUGCGAGGGUCUGGAGCACUGCGGAGCGGGGAGCCCCGUGGAGGAGCGCGCCCCCCUCAGGAGACCCCCCAACACCGGGGCCAGGCUGUGGGGCCGCGUGCGCAGCAAGAUCCUCCGCCAAAAGAUGGAUGCAGAAACAGUGCAGUCCAAGAACUGGCAGAUGGAUGUCAUAGAAAUGAAUGGGAUCAAAGUUGAAUUCUCAAUGAAGUUCACUGGGCGGGACUUGACCUUGAAGAGAACGCCUUCCAAGAAACAGAGUGGAGUGUUUGGUGUAAAAAUCAGUGUGGUCACAAAGCGAGAGUGCUCCAAGGUGCCCUUCGUCAUCCGUCAAUGCAUCGAGGAGGUGGAGAAGCGGGGGAUUGAGGAGGUGGGGAUCUACAGGAUCUCAGGCGUCGCCACAGACAUCCAGACCCUGAAAGCUGCGUUCAACACAAACGGUUCCAAAGACUUCCCGGUGCAGCUGAGCGACGUGGACGUCAACGCCGUCGCGGGAACUCUGAAGCUGUACUUCCGCGAGCUCCCAGAGGCCCUGCUCACUGACCGGCUGUACCUGCCCUUCCUGGAGGGGAUAGCCCUGUCUGAUCCUGUUGCCAAGGAGAGCUGCAUGAUGCAUCUGCUUUGCUCGCUGCCAGAUCCCAACCUCUUCACCUUCCUCACACUGCUGGAGCACCUCAGGAGGGUGGCAGAAAAGGAGCCGGUGAACAAGAUGUCCCUGCUCAACCUGGCGACCAUCUUCGGCCCCACCCUGCUGAGGCCGUCGGAGGAGAGCCGCAGAGGGCACAUCGCCCUGCUCUCCGACCUGUGGUCACAUGACGUCAUGGCGCAGGUCCAGGUUCUCCUGUAUUAUCUCCAGUGUCCCUCUGUGUCCUUCUCCGAGCUCAAACGCAGCGCCCUCUACUCCUCCGACGGAUAGCCUGGGCCGCCAUUUCUGCAGCGGCCAUUUUCAUUAUGCCUCUCGUGUGGCUGCUUCAGCAAGAGAAAGGGGGGAAUCUUAACCGAAGAAACAAGAAGACCUGCUCUCCCUUUGCUUUACCUAGUCUUGAACGCGUGUCUCUCUUGGGUGUUAAGUGUCAGUCUAAGCCCAUCAGGUUUGAAUGAUUCCAUCCAGGCUUUUCGCUCCUGCCCAGUUUAGCCCUCGUCCUUGCCCACAACCCCCCCCCCCCCCCCACUCCCAUGUGUGUGCGUGUGAGUGUGUCUGUGUGUAUGUGAGUGUGUGCGUGCAUGCGUGCAUGUGUAUUAGGGUAAGUCAGAUUGUGGAGAGUCAGGUUGAUAUUAAAGUCCAAUGUUGGGGUUCAGUGUGACAUUAGGAAAGGAUUCUUGUAUUUAUUGGUUGUACUUCACAUGGCUGUCCCACAUUCUUGUUGUUAGCAUAAAUGACAAGCGGUAGAAACUGGUCUUUGCUUCUGUACAGUACAUCAGCAUCAGCUAAGGACCAGAGACUCACAGAAGCCAGGUUUGAUUGUCUGCAUCAUUACCCAUUACUUGCUUACCCAUUACUUGCUUAAAAGGUCAUUGAAGAAAUUCCAGAGAAAUUUACAUAUUUUAGAAAUUGUGAUUUGCUCAGUGAUUUAUCUUUAUUUCUGUUCACAUGAAUGCAAAUGUGUACACACUCAGUAAUAUUGCACAUGUUGAAAUGUUAGACAGAUAUGAUAUGAUAUAAGGACAGAAUAUGAUAACAGCAUUCCUUUUAUGUGUAUAAAAGACAAUUUUUCCCUAUUUAUUUAUGUGGAUUGUGCGCUCUUGUAUCAGGUAAUAUCUAACCUUCGACAACAAUCUUUAUUUUUACUGUGUGUACUGUACAGUAUAUAAAUAUGUGGAAGUAUGCCUGAUCAUUGGUUAAUCACGUGCAUUGAAUGUUACAGGAGCAUUUUUAAUUCAGAUUUGUUCAGAAUAGACUUAAAUGUACAGCAAUGAUUACAGUAAUCAAUCUCACUUUGUACGUUCGCAGAUAAGUUUUCAAGUUUUCAAAGGAUCUGUGGAAAAUGUUGUAUGAAUUAUGACAAUAAAAUAGUGCUUUGUGUAAAUGGUG